UCCUGCCAUGAGGGCAGGGGACUGGACUCGAUGACCUCUCGAGGUCCCUUCCAGUCCUAGAGUCUAGGAAUCUAUGAAUUGGGUGUCUAGUAGGGACUUCCAGGGCUGAGAUAGAAUAGGCUCAUGAAAUCAUCCAGUCCUUCCCAAAGAGAGGCAUAGGAUUGGGCACUGCGGUACUAGUGCUUUGACCCAUCUAAUUUUAAUAGUGCAGGAUGUGGAACUGUGGUGUAUUUCAUUAUUCGUUCCAAAACCACAGAUUUGAGUGAUGUACGUGCAAAAUGACAGUGACAUAUAGUGGGCACACCACAGUCUGCAUGUGGCUCAAGGAAGGAUAAAAGCAAAAAGUAUAACAGUGUAACAUCCAUGCCCAUCAUAGUCCCAGAAUGGGCUUAUCAGGGACUUUGUUGAGGAACUUGUGCUUUUCUACAAAGGUGCUUCCUCCUCCCCCCACUGAUAAGAAUUACCACUUGUUUUGUUUUGUUUUUGUUUGUUUUCAGUAGUACUGCCUUCUCAAGAUUUGGGAAAUCAACAUAGACUUAGGGGAUGUUGAAUUAAGACACAUUCAUUUAUUCUCACAUUUUAGUGACAGGCCAUUUACUGCGUUGUGACAUCAUUGUCGAUAUGAUAAACAGUAUCGAAAUUAUCUCCCGAACCCGAGAAAUAUAUGUGGAAGAUUCUCCACUUGAAUUAACCGUGAGAGCUCUCGAUGUUGAAGGAAACACAUUCAGUAGUUUGUCAGGAAUGACAUUUGAGUGGAGCAUUGCUAAGGAUGAUGACAUGGAAGGCUUAGAACUGUCUAGCAAAAUUAGGAUUUUAAAAUACUGUGAAGCAGAGUAUUCCCCACCAGACUACAUUGUCGAGAUGGAACAAGCAGGAAAACAAGGGGAUAGGACUCUGGUAUCAGGCAUCAAAACUGGUGCAGCUAUCAUAAAGGUCCGAAUUCAGGAACCAACUUAUAAGAAAGUAGCUGCUGCACUGGUGCGUCUGUUGGUUCUGGAGAAUAUAUUCCUAAUACCAUCCUAUGAUAUUUACCUUCUGGUUGGAGCCUACAUUCAGUACCAAGUUGCUAAAAUUGUACAGGGAAAGAUCACAGAAGUAGAGCUGCCUCUUGAACAUUAUGAGCUUGAACUCCGUGACCCUAUUGUUGCACCUGGUGGGUCUGAUCUUAUUCCGGUGGCCAGACUGGAUGUGGGCACAGCCACAGUGACAGCAGUGCAGUUGGGACAGAUUAGUCUGGUCUUUGUUCAUAAAAAUAUUCACAUGCGAGCUGCAUCUGGACUUCCAAACUGCACUGUCUAUGUCGUAGAAGCUGGAUUUCUAGGUUUCAGUGUUCACCCAGGAGACAGGUGGGUUCUAGAAGUGAAGCGAGCAUAUACAAUCACUGUUGAGGUGUAUGAUAAAUCCAGCACUAAAGUCUAUUUAUCUGAUAACCUCAGAAUAACUCACCAGUUUCCCAAGUUGUAUUUUGAAGAGUUCUUGUCUUCUGUUAAUGGUUCUUACCAUAUAGUUCAAGUCCAGAAGGAGGGUAUCACAGUAAUAAAAGCUGCCCUGCUAUCUGUUCUUCUACAGGCUGGCUCUGAGGAUUACUUACUUGUCCCAAUCAGCCAUGAACAGGAGGUGAAGAUUUACUUUCCAAUCAAGCUGACACCCUCCUUCCUUGCAUUUCCACACCAUCCCAUGGAAAUCUUGUAUCGGUACAAAGUUCAGAUAGAAGGAGGCAGUGGCAAUUUCACGUGGACCUCUUCCAAUCAGACUAUAGUCACAGUCACCAUAAAAGGAGUAGUGACUGCCGGGGUGGUCAGAGGGCAGAGCACAAUACAGGCCAGAGACGUGCAGAACCCCUUCCAUUAUGGAGAAAUAAAGGUGUAUGUCUUGAAAUUGACGAAGAUGGAGAUUUUGCCAUUUCAUGCAGACAUUGAGAUUGGCCAAGUUUUGGAAGUUCCGCUCAUGAUGUACCACACCGAUAGGGAGACAAGGGAGACCAUUGCUUUUACGGACUGCUCUCUCUUAGCCCUGGACAUAAGCAUGGAUAAGCAAGGAGUCUUCAUCCUUGCUGAAGAGGGUAAUCAGAAACCUGGCCUGACAUUCUGCUCCAGUAUCCAGUUAGCAGCAAAGUCCUUGGGACACACUUUAGUAAUGGUGAGCGUGACAGUGUUCCAGGAGUAUUUUGAAACCAGUGCCACAUUUGCUGCUUAUGAGCCUCUCAAGGCUCUAAACCCAGUGGAGGUUGCGUUGGUGACUUGGCAGUCAGUGAAGCAGAUGGUAUUUGAUGGAGGGCCGGGGCCUUGGGUUUUGGAACCAUCUCGUUUCUUCUUGGAAUUGACUGUGGAGCAUGAGGAAAAAAUUGAAGUUACACAGGUCCGACUGCCAACUAAAAGGAAACAGAACCAGUACAUUUACCGGAUUUUGUGCCUGGAGUUGGGGGAGCAGGUAUUUACACUCCGAGUAGGUAAUCAGCCAGGAGUCCUGAACCCUAGUCCUGCCGUGGAAACUGUGCAGGUGACUUUCAUUUGUGCUCAUCCAGCCAGUAUGUCUGUGACUCCAGUGUACAAGACAGCUGCAGGUGCACAGCCUUGCCCAUUGCCUCAGCACAACAAACAGCUGAUCCCCGUGUCCAGUUUGAGGAAUACAGUUUUGGAGUUGGCCGUGUUUGAUCAGCACCGGCGGAAGUUUGACAACUUUAGCUCCCUGGUGCUGGAGUGGAAAUCAGCCAAUGAAAGUCUCGCACACUUUACUGACUCAAAGUCCAUGCAGAUGGUAGCAAAGGAUGAUGGGAGUGGACAGACCAGAUUACAUGGGCAUCAGCUCCUGGAGGUGCACCGCAUCAAAGGGACUAUUCUGAUUGGAGUCAGCUUUGUGAUGUAUUCAGAGAGAGGCAGUCCAAGAGAAGUAUCUAUCUUGCCUACCUCCACGGCUGUGGAGUUGUUACUGGUAGAGGAUGUGAUGGUGGUGCCAGACAAUGCCACUAUCUAUAAUCAUCCUGCUGUGAAGGAAAUAUUUGAUCUAGUGGAAGGAUCUGGAUACUUCUCGGUCAACAGCAGCAAAGAGGAGAUUGUAAACACUACAUACCUGGAAGCAGAGAGUGCCAUCGAGAUCAUCCCUUUGCAUCCUGGAUCUCUAACCCUGGAGAUCUACGAUCUCUGUCUGGCAUUUCUGGGACCAGCUACAGUCUAUAUACAUGUGUCUGAUAUGCAUGAGUUGGAGGUGGAUCUCAUUGAUAAGAUCGAGAUUGGCAAAUCUGUCCUAGUCAGCGUGCGAGUCCUUGGUUUUCAUCGACAUCCAUUCAGGAGUAAAUAUUUCAAGUACAUGAAGCUCAAACUGCAGGCAGCAUCUGCUAUUGUUACACUUGUGCUAAUGGAGGAAGUGGGUGAAUACUCUGAAGUCUAUGUACUCCAAGCUGUCGCAAUAGGCCAGACAACUUUGGUGGCUACAGCCUGGGACAAGAUGGGAAGAAAAAUCACGUCUGCUUCUCGGAAGGUUGAAGUCUUUCCUCCGUUCAAACUCAUCCCUGAGGAAAUGACACUCAUUCCACACAACAUGAGGCAGGUGAUGUCAGAAGGUGGCCCACAGCCACAGUCUAUCAUUCACUUCUCUAUCAGUAACCAGACUGUAGCUGUAAUUAACAGACUGGGCCAGGUGAUGGCUAAGGCAAUUGGAACAGCCAUAAUACAGGGUACCAUUCAGGCGGUCAGUGAAGACACAGGAAAAGUGAUAGUUUUCUCAAAGGGUCAAGUGGAACUGGAAGUAGUUCAGCUGAGAACAGUAAGAAUUCAUGCACCUACCACUAGGCUUAUAACAGCCACCAAGAUGCCUGUUUAUGUCAUGGGGCUGACCAGCACUCUGACUCCAUUUUCCUUUGGUAAUGCCAACCCAGGGCUGAUAUUCUAUUGGUCAGUGAGUAAACGAGAUGUUCUGGACCUUCUCCCCCGACAUUCAGAGAUUUCCCUGCAGGUUGUACCCGAGAAUAACUUUGCUAUGCUUGUACAUACUAAGGCGGCUGGGAGAACCAGUAUUAAAGUGACAGUGCAAUGUCUGAAUGUAUCCGCCUCUCAGUUUGAAGGAAACCUGGCUGAACUCUCAGAUGAAGUACAAAUAUUGGUGUUCGAUAAGCUUCUACUUUUCUCUCCUGAGUGCCCUGCAGAGCAGAUUCUGAUGUCUACAAACUCACAGCUCAAGCUGCAUACAAACAGGGAUGGGGCAGCGCUUGUGAGCUCUCAAAUCCUGCAGUGUUUCCCCAACUCUUCUGUCAUUGAGGAGCAUGGCCAGGGGCUUCUGAGAGCAGGAGCUGUAACAGGCACUGCAGUGCUAGAAGUAACUUCUCUAGAACACUUUGGCGUCAACCAGACAGUCAUAACUGGGGUCCGGGUGGCUCCAGUGUCAUACCUGAGGAUAAGCACCAGUCCCCAACUCUACACUGUUAGCGGCACAUCUCUGAUGGCAUUUCCUCUGGGGAUGGCUCUUACUCUCACAGUCCAGUUCUAUGACAAUAUUGGGGGAAAAUUCCAUGCCCAGAACACCCAGCUUUACCUGGCUUUGAACAGAGAUGACCUGCUGCUAAUCAGACCUGGGAGUAAGAAUUACACAUACAUUGCUCAGGCUGUGAACAGAGGAGUGACACUGCUGGGGAUCUGGGAUGAGAAGCACCCAGGCAUGGCUGAUUAUAUCCAGGUGCCCGUGGAGCAUGUCAUUGAGCCAGACCUCUCAAAGCCCAUUGCAGUAGGAGAUGUGAUCUGUUUCAGCACUCCUCUUGUAAACCAUGAAGGUGAACCUGGGCUGUGGCAAGUCUCCCCCACUGGCAUUCUUGAGACAGACCCUUUGAGUGGAGCAGCAUUUGUGAAGAAUGCUGGGACAGCUACAAUCCUCCAUGACAUCCCAGGGAUAGUGAAAACAUACAGAGAGGUAGUUGUCAAUGGUUCAUCAAGAUUAAGCCUCCAUCUUGGUCCCAAAAGUUACCUAACCAAUACUCCUAACUCUUCUGAAGUCUGGGUUUUCGUUGCCACAGGCAGUGCAGGAACAAGCCUCAGAGGCCCAUGCAGCCCUAGUCAGCUUUAUGCAGUCACCAGUCUGCUUCGCCCAGCGUCUCACUUGCUAUGCCAAGUUGAGUUCAGCAGCACAGUGCUGGAUAUUCCAGCAAGUAAAGUCUUUCGUGUCCGGGCACACUUCAGCAUUGAAAAAGGUCUCUAUGCCUGCCUAAUCACUGCGAAACCCCAGUCUGAUGAAGUCCUGCUGGCUUUGAGUUUUGCUGAGGUCUCUGUAUAUGUGAUGGUCUGUCUCUUCAGUGAGCAAAGCAAGGAUGGAAUGCAAAGAAUCCUGGUUCCCUUCCUCCCUGCAUUUUACCUUAACCAAUCUGAACUGGUUUUUAGCAGCAAACAACUAAAUGGCAAGAUCAGAGUGCUGGGAGCUGAGAAAGUGUUAGAAAAGCUGGAGGUCCACCCCAACUCUCCUGUGAUAAUAGUGAGGCAGCCUGAACAUUCGCCCAGCAUGCCUGGACUUGUCUCCUACCCAGUUAGUGUGGUCAAUCUCACAUCUCUCCACCAGAUGGCAGCCCCCAUCUUUAUCAAUGUCUCUUGUAUUCUUACAGGCCAAAGAGUUACCAUAGCCGUGAGAGUUCUGGCAGGGCAGCAUUUGUUUACAUACAAUGCCUUUCUGACCAGAGUGCAGACUGUACCUAUUGUGUAUGUUCCUACAUCAGGUACACCUCAGACAGCCUCUCAUUGCUGUAAAACAAGCUCACUUCUCUGGAGGCAGAAUAGCCAGCCUGGAAAAGUGAAUUUGAAUUCCUCUAGCAGAGAUCAGGGUAUUCAUAUCUUCCAGUUGGUACUCAGCAACACAGUGCAAGAAACAGGACACAGCUAUGGCUUUGGAGUGUACGGAGAAGGCACAUCUGAAAGAAGUACCUACUUGUACAACAAUAAAUGUCUAAGUAAAGCGUGAUGUUAGGUGUAGUCCCAACUCCUGUAACUGGAAGUCACAGCACCUUCGUGUUUCUCUGGGACAAACAGUCAGACUCUAGACUCUUCAGGCCACAGUGAUAGGUACUGAACAGGCGCCCCACUACCAAGUUGCCAAAGACACAAUAGAGUUUGUGCCAUUCUACUUUAAAUGAUCAGGUAGAUCCUGCAACAAGAAAACUCCCUCAUGAUUUGGGCCAGAAUGAAGUCCAGAAGCCACCCAGCAGUUUGACUUUUAGACCUUUUUCAGGCCAGUAAUGUACGAUACAGCAGGCUUGUGCCUGCCUGUAGGGGUAGAGUCUCCGAUCAGAGCACUGAAAGGGUAACAAGGUACUUUACUGCGGUUGGAGGAAUAUUUGGGAGUCACUUGCAGAAGCCUGUGCUGUCAGCAGGGCAAAGUCAGGAUUCACAGUGGUUGAACCUUCCAUUUUAAGAAGGAUCAGAUUAUGCUGACAUCUGAGGAGAGGGAAGGAUUAGAGCAUAACUAGUUUCACUCCAAGGUGAACAGGGGCUCACUGCAUAUCCAUAUUCUUUCCCUGCUAAGAGUCAUUAGCACCUGUUGCAAUUACAAACAGGGCAGAGUC